AUCGGCUUUGUUAAACGCACAUUAAACACUGACAGGGAAAGCGCUGCUUUGUCGUUCACUAAGUCGGGAGGCAGAGCGACAGAGUGAGAGAAGGAGCCACAGAAGGGGGCAGGCGACUUUCUCUGAAGUUGAAGCCACAAUUUUUCGCCAGUUUAACUGCCAGAGGAAGAGAGGAGCCGACGACUCUUUUUUUGGAUUUGUCAAACGAGAGGGGGGAAACAUACACUGGUUACGUGUAUGGCCAGAAGCUCCCGAGUUAACCUUAAAUGAACAAAAGUUGAAGUUCGGCGUCGUGGCAGUCGGUAAAUGUUGUGACAUUUUAGGAGAGCAUAAAUUGCUCCAGCGGUCGACGGUCGAGUGGCGGGGUAAAACCCGAGCUGUCAAACCCCGAUGACUACUGCAAACUGCCCCGGGAAUGAGGAGCUGGACUUCAGACUGAUCUUCGGAGAGGACGAGCAGCAGCAGCCGCUAGGCCCCACAGAUCUGGAGCCUGAUGACAACACAUCGUUCUACAUCCUAAAUGUGGGCCAGUCCCAGUCUAUGGUUACUAACCACCAGUCUAUUGGCCUGCCUCGUCAUGGCAUGCAGUCCCACACCCAAGUCAUCAGCACUUCCCCACGCCUUCAAUCACACAAACCAGGAUCUGAGCCCCCGAGCUAUGAGGCACAAGACAAGUAUGGCACCUCCCCCCUGCUGCCCUCUGCGCCCGUGGAGGCACCAAAAGCCUUUGAGUGCCCCAGUAUUCAGAUCACCUCUAUCUCCCCUAGCUGCCAGCAGGAGAUGGAUGGCAACGAGGAAGAUCUGAGGGCAAAUGGCCCUGAUGGGGACUACCACAGCGACAGGCCCUUGUCCAGAGACCACUUGUAUUUACGCCUGGACCACUCAUACCGGGACUCUUCGCUCAGCCCCAGCCCGUGCAGCAGCCUCUCCUCUAGGAGCUGGUUCUCUGACGCAUCUUCCUGUGAAUCCUUCUCACACGUCUAUGACGAUGUUGACUCCGAGCUAAACGAAGCAGCUGCCCGCUUCACCCUGGGAUCCCCGCUUACUUCUCCAGGCUGUGCCUCCCCUCAAACUGGUGGUGGGGUUUUGGAGGAACAACCCCACUGGCAGCACCAUCACCCCGCCUUCAUCCACCACUCCCACUCCAUCAGCCUGUCACCCCGACAGUCUCCCUGCCACUCGCCACGCACCAGUGUCACUGAUGAAAAUUGGCUUAGCCCACGGCCACCUUCCAGGCCCUCCUCACGUCCCACAUCACCCUGCGGGAAGAGGCGCCACUCUAGUGCCGACAUCUGCUACCCAGGCUCUGUGUCACCACAUCACUCACCCACACCCACGCCAGGACCUUCACCCAGGGGCAGCGUGACAGAGGACACCUGGGCUGGCAGUCCCUCUGUAGGCAUGUCGCCCUUCCAGUGCUGCCCAUCUGAAGCAGACAUCCCAUCUAAGACCAGGAAGACCUCACAAGACAGAACAGCUAUGCAGACUGGGAAAGGUGAGCUGGGGCUAGAUGACCAGGGGAAUAUGUCCCCUAAUCUAGACUCUCCUUCAGAUGAGGCCAUGCACAGCCUGAAGAAAGACGGGCCUGGGGAACAGUUCCUCUCUGUGCCCUCCCAUUUCCCAUGGAAUAAACCCAAGCCUGGUCAUACACCUAUAUUCAGGACCUCCUCGCUUCCGCCUCUAGAUUGGCCUCUGCCAAGUCAGUUUGGCCAGUAUGAGCUGAAGAUAGAGCUUCAACCCAAAGCCCACCAUCGAGCACACUAUGAGACUGAGGGCAGCCGAGGAGCUGUUAAAGCAUCAUCAGGUGGCCACCCAGUCGUCAAGCUCAUUGGCUACAGUGAGAAGCCUGUCAACCUGCAGAUGUUCAUUGGAACAGCAGAUGACCGUUACUUGAGGCCGCACGCCUUCUACCAGGUGCACAGGAUCACCGGGAAAACCGUAGCCACGGCCAGCCAAGAAGUUUUGAUCUCCAGCACCAAAGUUCUCGAAAUUCCUCUCCUGCCCGAAAACAACAUGUCAGCCAGUAUUGACUGUGCUGGCAUCCUUAAGCUACGGAACUCAGACAUUGAGCUGCGGAAAGGGGAGACGGAUAUAGGAAGAAAGAACACACGGGUCCGUGUGGUGUUCCGAGUUCACAUCCCUCAACCCAAUGGGAAGGUGCUGUCGCUGCAGGCUGCCUCCAUUCCUGUGGAGUGCUCCCAGCGUUCGGCUCAAGAGCUGCCCCAGGUGGAGAAAUCCAGCCUGAGCAGCUGUCUGGUCAGUGGGGGAGAAGAGAUGGUCAUCACUGGGUCAAACUUCUUCCCAGAGUCCAAGGUCAUCUUCCUGGAGAAAGGCCCUGAUGGACGGCCACAAUGGGAAGUCGAGGCAAAAAUAAUCCGUGAGAAAACUCAAGGAUCGUGUAUUGUGGUGGAGGUUCCUCCUUACCACAGUAAGACUGUGGCCUCAGCUGUGCAGGUGCACUUUUAUGUCUGCAAUGGCAAGCGGAAAAGGAGCCAAUCGCAACGCUUCACUUACCUUUCAGUCAUGGUAAAACAGGAGCACAGAGAUGAGCUGGACCUUGCUGCAGUACCCCCUAUGUCCAUGCCCCUGGCACAUGCUGCCAGUCUGGUGCGCACCCAGCUGCCUUCUCCUGAGCAGGGCCACCCAUCGGACAACCUUCUGUCCAGCUCCCCUCACGGCCUGGCCACGGGCUCCGGACCUGGCCUGCUACCCCUGCAGGCCCCUUGCCCCUCCCUGGGCUCCCCGUCUUUCCAGCACCUGCCUCACCUCCAGGGUCACAGUUUGCACCACCCCCCUGCAGAUUGCCACAUGACGUUCCACCCGAGCUCUGCCCCUGCUCCUUCCAGGCCCUCCUACCAGCCUAUGCAGCACAGCCAGAGCCACGGUCAUAGCCUGCCCUUCAACGGCCAGUCCAACCUUCCUCCUCAGGGCUAUGAGAGGAUACCCUUUCAGCAGAGCCCCAGUGCAGCAUCACACCCGAUGACCAUGGGGAUGAUGUACCCCAGCUCCCCUUGCUCUUCACCAUCAGCUCCCUCCUCUUCAGCCACCAACCCCAUUGUUGGAUCUCCCCAGAGCCAGCAACCCCUGCUCGCCCCCUCAUCCCCACACCUUCACACACUUGGAGGUUUCCAUUGUUCCCCAAAUCCCACCCAGGUGCCCUCUCCCGGUGGCCACCCACUUGUAGGGCAGCACCCUGCCCAGCUGCAGAGGGCCAUGGGCUACCACCCGGUAAGUCAAAGGUCAGCCUCCUGCCCCACACCAUCCAGUGCCCCUCCUCCACGGAUGAUCCCCUCUCCCCACUCUGGGCCUUCCUCCCCUCAGCUCCACUCGCUGCCCUACCAGUCUCCCACCUCAUCCUCCCCCACCUCAUGCGGCAGUCCUCUCGGGCCCCUCCAACAGCAGCAUUCAGGACAGCCUUCUCCCCAGGCCACAAGCCCUGUCAUGGUCAGCCUGUCCCCGGUAGCAGCAGGGCCUUUGGUUCACCCUCUAAGCCCACAGGGGCCCUUCACCUCAGAAGGGGAGAGGCUGAACAUCAAACAGGAACCGGAGGAUAGGGAGCCCACUUUCCGCUCCAUUGGCCUGCAGGACAUCACACUGGAUGAUGUGAAUGAGAUCAUCGGCAGAGACAUGUCCCAGUCCCCCAGCGCUCAUGGUCCUCCGUCAGCACACAACCAGUCGUAGCUCAGCCCUCGCUCAGGCCGGCUGCCCCAUCCAGCUCCAUGCACUCCCACCACGGCUGCGUCACAGGCCGUGCUCCAGGUCCUGGUCCUCUGUGUAACAUGAUAAGAGACUAGACUUUGGUCUGAAGACAGAAUACAGUUUGAGAUUCUGUAAAAGUGGAUCUGCUAGACCCCCACACAACCUGACAAGACGACGCCCGCAUUUGUCUCUUUACAAAGCUGAACAUCUUUUGUAGAGAUGUAGAACCAGAUUUCACAACUUUACGCAGAUGAAACUGAAUAGCGAGCGGGAGAAUACAGCCAUGUUGCUUUCUCUCUCUCCGCUGAUCAGAGCUGUCUGUUAGUUCUCAGGCCUGUGCUUACAUGUUAAGAUGGGACUCACAACCUUAGAGGUGACGCCUAAAAGCACUGCUGUCUUCCUGACCAAUCAGCUCUCUGUGAGUCUGGAGCGCUCAUGUUUCGAAUAACGUUUUUUUUUUGUAGUGGAGACAAUUCAACAGAGUGUAUUGUCCUCCCCCUUCUCACCAGCAUUGACCUUCAUGAAUGAAGACGUCUCGAGACAUGUAGGAUUAGGGGAGACUCAGGAGUGCACAGUGCUCUCACAGGUAGCGAGAAAAGGGUUGUUUCACUACUCUGUGGUCAUUUAAUAAGCAGUGGCUUUGUAAAAAGUGUUAUACCAAAUUCAGAUCAAGCCCUCGUGAAUGAUCAGAAUCUAAAUUGUCAGUAAAUUCUUUCAGAAAAGUUUAGAGUGAACUUUCCUGUCAUGCUAACACAGAAAAAAAACAUAAUCUCCCUGUUUUUUCGUUCAUGGCUCAGUGAUGAAGUCACUGUUCACUUUUUUUUUCCCCCCUUUAAAUUUAAAAACCAUUCAGGUCUGGAGCGCAGUGUCCUGGCAAGGAGGAGACGCUCCUCUGGUGCUGGUCUGGGAUCCGCAACCUGCAACAUUCCACAACUUUUAGUAACCUUGCAGCCGUGUAGAUAUCUGUACAUGAACUUGCUCUCUUCUCUUCUCUACUCUCUUUUAUCUGUUUGUGCUCCCUCUACUGUGCUUCUUUAUCUUCUUCAAGUUGAACAAAUGCCUUAUUAACAUUUAGCAGCUUUGAAUGGUAGCAAAAGCUUUUUUUUUUGUUGUUUUGCACAGCUGGCUUUGAGUUUGACUUUUUUUUAAGGAAACAGAUGAGUGACUUGGGUCACGUGGACGUGAUUUCAUGAAUCCUCGUGGUUUAGAUGCGAAUGGGACGUGCAGGUUUCAGGACUGAGGCAGCCCUCCUGAUCAUUUUCAUUCAAAGAUAUAUGUGAAGACACCCCAUUAUUUCCAUGUUACAGAGAAGUGUUUUUAUUGAUCUACAGAGACAGACAACUCUCUGCCUCUUCAAUUCUCAUGCAAUAACCCCCCAAAUCUCCCAGGGGCCCUCGUGUGCCUUCUAUUUCCCCGACAGCCACCAGCCUAGGUGACGUGCACUGGGAAAUAACCUGACAAAUAGUUUAAAAGUGUUUUAUGUAUUGCCCCGAACCCCCUGCCCCCCACAUUGGGAUAUAACAAGACCUUACACAUCCCCUUUUUUGCAAUAAUCAAUGUUAA